AUGGCUGAUGCUUGGGGCUCCGGCUUGCGAAAAGGCUUCCUAGCCAAGAGCACGGAGAGCAAGAAGACAGCCAGCAAGAAAACCAUCAAUCUAGGCGGCCAUGAGUGUGCAAACAUUUCGUCGUCGCAGACAGGGCUGACUGUGCUCACUUUCGAUGAGGACUUCACGCUUCGCUCAGUCAGCACGACUGACCAUGAAGGUGUUGACAGUGCUUCGUCGAACUCCGAGAAGACCAAACCAGCAGCCAGCGCUAAGACAACGACGAAGUCAGGCGAUUUCAAGAAAGACUUCGAGCGUCUUGACAUUGCUUCCUCAGACACAGGGCUGACUAUUCAGCGCUUCGAACAGGACACCGACAUUGUCAUUAAGGACGGAGAGAUUUUCGUGAGACCGUCGGUGAUUUCGGAGCAGAAGUAG